AUGGCCGUGGUUCCGAUGGGAGGUCCGCCCCUCACCCGCCUGAGAGCACAGCGGGAGCUGUCAGUCGCUGCACCCGAUUCCACUAUCAAGACCCUGCCCUUAUGGGCUGCCGGACCCCCAGAUGUGGAUGGCAAUCAACCUUAUUUUUAUUGGCCUUUCUCAACUAGCGAUCUUUACAACUGGAAGGCGCAGAACCCUAAGUUCUCCGAGAAACCGGGGGGGCUUAUUGACUUGCUAGAUUCUGUUCUCUUCACCCACCAGCCCACAUGGGACGAUUGCCAGCAGCUUUUGCAGGUCCUGUUCACAACGGAGGAGAGAGAGAGAAUCCUGAAUGAAGCCCGGAAGGUGGUUCCCGGCGUAGAUGGGAAUCCAACUACCAACCAGGCCCAGAUAGAUGUCUCUUUCCCCUUAACCAGGCCUGAAUGGGACUUCAACACGGCAGAAGGUAAGGAGAGGCUCAAAAUCUACCGUCAGACUCUGGUGGGGGGUCUUCGUAUGGCUGCUAGGAAGCCUACCAAUUUGACCAAGGUAGGGAACGUACAACAGGAAAGGGAUGAAUCUCCAGCUGCCUUUCUAGAAUGGAUCAUGGAGGCGUAUCGCACCUAUACCCCCAUGGAUCCAGAAGCUCCUGAAAAUAAGGCGGCUGUGGUCAUGAGCUUUAUAAACCAGUCAGCCACAUACAUUAGAAAGAAACUGCAGAGGCUAGAUAGAUUAGGGGAAAAGAGUUUUCGGGACUUGUUGGAGGUGGCUGAAAAGGUGUAUAACAACCUAGAAUCUCCUGAGGAUAGGCAAGCCCAUGCCAUGGUGGCUGCCAGUGACAAGCAGACCCGAAACCUGGCCAAGAUUCUGCUGGCCACCACCACGGAGAACCCUGAGGAGCGGACCCGCCACCUUCGCCAGCUUGCCGAUGACCAAGAGGGAGGUAAGGGGACCGCCCGGGGUGGGAAGAAGAAGCUUCAACGGAACCAGUGUGCUUACUGCAAAGAGAUAGGACACUGGGCCCGGGAAUGCCCAAAGAAGGCCGGUAAAAAAGGAAACAAGACAGAUCGGGUGGAGGUCUUGGAGCUGGGAGGACUGAGUGAUUAGGGGAGUAGGGGUUCGGACCCCCUCCCCGAGCCCAGGGUAACUCUUAGAGUGGAGGGGACGCCUAUUAACUUCCUUGUCGACACUGGGGCACAACAUUCGGUCCUACGCACACCUCAAGGGAAGCUAGCCAGCAAGAAGUCCUGGGUGCAAGGGGCAACUGGCAUAAGCCAGUAUUCAUGGACUACCCGAAGAACAGUAGAUCUAGGAACAGGCCAGGUAUCCCAUUCCUUUAUGGUAAUACCCGAGUGCCCCUACCCCCUAUUAGGACGGGACUUGCUGACCAAGAUCAGAACCCAAAUAACUUUCAGACAAGGGGGCCCCAGGACUGAUGGCAAAGGCCAUCCCAUCCAGGUUCUGACUCUGAGACUGGAGGAUGAAUAUCGCCUCCACCAGGGGGCGCCCCCAGGAGAGAACAAUAUGGACAGAUGGCUACAAGAAUUCCCCACCGCCUGGGCAGAGACGGGGGGAGUAGGACUGGCCGCUCACAGGGCCCCAACCCUGGUAGAGUUAAAACCAGGGGAAAGUCCGAUAAGAGUCAAACAGUAUCCAAUGCCCCAGGAGGCCCGGAAGGGGAUUCAGCCUCAUAUCCGAAGACUGUGA